CCUUCCCAGUUCACCAUGAACACUCCUGUCGAGCAACAGAGUUCAGCAGAUUUCGACUCCGGUAUAAGAUAUAAUGGCGACUAGGCGUCCCUUCUUCCCCAUCGUCUCGACCUCAGUCAAGCGGAGCAUACCGACCGAAGUCACUCGUUUUUUCAAGUUCUUGCCCUCGCCGGCACCAAGCAGAUUUUCAUCGUCCCGACAGACCAUUCUACGACUCGAGCCUUCUUCAAGAUGCAAUUCAAAUACCUCGCCGCCCUCCUGGCGUCUACGGCCGUCAGCGGCGUCAUCGCAGGCCCCGAGCCUGUGAUCAACGCUCGCGCUCUCGAGGCCCGAGAAGAGCAGGCAGAGCAGGCUGCGCAGAUGCAGCAGAUGCAGCAGGCUCAGCAAGCUCAACAAGCCAAGCAGGUCGCUCAAUUGCAGCAAGUCAACCAAGGUGCUCAAAUGCAGCAAGCCAACCAGGGUGCUCAGGCUCAGCAAGCCGGUCAAGCUGCUCAAGUUCAACAAAACUCCAACGCCCCUGCUGCCGAUCCGCCGAAGGCCGCUCCGGCUGAUAGCAAGUCUUCUAGCGGUGGUGGCUUCUUCGGUGACUUGAGCGGUUUUAUGCCCAAGGACAUCACCGUUUACAAUUAUCCCGGCUAUAAUGGCCUCAACCCCUAUGGCCCUUAUCCACCAAAUCGAUUCGGGCCUCACUACCCCGAUUUCCCCGUCAUCGACCCAGUGUACAACUUCUGCCCAUCAUUCCUCCAGUGCAACAACAAUUUCGACUGCGUCAGCUUCACCGUCCAAACGGACUUCUACGGCUUUAACACUUGCCUCACAGCAAACAGUUACCAGAGGUGUUCAUGCACCUAUCCUCUUCCUCCAGCCUUCGGUCCUUACGGUCCUUACUACUAGCUUGCUCGGCCCUGGAGCGGUAUGGUUGUAUAGGUUGAGGAGACACGUCAUCUAUUCUUGGUCAAGGUACAUGUGGUUGCUAGAGGGUGGCAGGUUCGCUUGCGUGGUGUUGGAGUGGUCGUCGAAUAUCGUUAAUGUGGAAGUCGAUUAGUUGCGCAUCAAUACUUGCAUCAAAUCAUAACUUGGCGGCAGA